AUGUCUAGAACUCGCCAGGAGUUCCUCAUCAAAUGGCUCAGCCUUCUGGCAUGCUCGGUGUGGCUGUGGUGGGUCGAGCUAUGGGACCUAUGCUACCCUUACCUCUACCUCGUUUGGAUGUAUAUCACCUCAUCGGUGAUACGAGGUCAGAGCGAGGAGAAGUGCCUGCUGACCUGGGUGCAAGACCUGGUCCCAACCAGAAAUGUUAUAGACCUGGACCGCGAUCUGGCUGACGGAGUAACCCUCUGCGGUCUCAUGCAGGCUCUCGUCCCCGGCACCUGCCCUCGACACGACCUGCUGCCCCCGGACCAGCCUGCAGGGAACAUUCGGCUGGCGUCGCGUCUGGCUUCCACCUUCCUCGGGGUCACACAGGACCUGGCAUGGGAGCGGAUGCAGGGCCGCGACGGACACCGCACCCUCAUGAGGUUCCUGCGCAACCUCCGCUACUCUUCCCUGAAGCGAGAGGUGCUCGGCGGGCCGGCCGUCACCCACGAUUCUGUCGUCGAGGCCCUAGGGGACUACCAGCCAAAUACUAAAGAAAUUGUGGAUCUCUUAAUACAGAGCUAUAUGCGUCAAAAGCAGUAA